AAAACAUAAUGAGCAGCUCUAAGAAAAGAAGUAAGGAUGAACAAAUACCGAAGCCAAUUAGCAUCAAGAAGGAAAAAUCGGAGGAAGACCGCACGCUGCAGCCCAUUUCCCACUAUAUUGAUGACCGCCUGGAGCUGGUCAAGCAAAUCUUUGGCACCCUGAAGCCAAAGACUAUCAUGAAUCUAGCACCAGAGUUUCUUAAGAAGACGAGCUUAGAUGAAAUCGAGGAACUUUGUUUAAAUGAGCUGCUUUGCAUCUCCACUAAACGUUUGAAGUCCAUCAUAGCGGACACUCGCUGUCCCACAGAUACUGAGAGUUCCGAGGACUCGGAUGUGGAGCACAAAGAGGAGCACAUUUCGCUGGAAGAGAUUUCAUCGGACAGCGACAUUGGAGGCAGCGAAACACGGCGCGCUAAGAAAUUGCGAAAAUCGAACGCUAAAAGAGCCGAUAAAACCAAUGAAAAUAAAGAACCGGAUGGACAGAUCAGUGUGCUGGAGCUGCUGGAAUUGCAGGCUAGAGCUCGAGCUAUACGCUCGCAGCUGGCAAUGGAGCCGAUUACCAAGAUUGAGGUGAAAUCCGACGAUGAGGAGGAGGAGACGAGCAAACGGUCAUCAGAGAAGGAAAAGUCUAGAGAAAAGCGCAGUCAUAGGAGCUCUGAGCAGUCGAGCAGCAAGCGCAAGUCAAGCGAACAGUCGAGAAGAGAGCAGGCACAAACCAAUGGUAGCAAACCCAAGGAAAUAACAGCUCCAGCACCAGCUCCAGCGCAAAAGAAGAUCAAGCUAAAGCGUAAUUAUCGCACCUCGACCAAAACACCAGAAAAGGAAUUAACACCAGUUGUUAAGGCAACAAGUCAGCCAGAAAUAAGUCAAGAUAAGUCCGAUAGAUCUCGUUCAGCUUCGCCGGAUGUGAUUCCCAUACCAGCGGAACCGGAAACGCUGCUGAUAAGCGACAGCACCGACGAUGAGGCAACCGUAAAGCCAAAAGAGCCAAUAGAGCAGGUAAAAGUUGUUCCAGCUCCAAUCCCUGAGCCAGCGCCAGAGCCAGCUGAGCUAAGCGAACCCGAAGAGGGUGAGGUGAGAGAAGAAAGCGAAAAUGAGACUGAGGCUGAGCCAGUGAAGAAGACAGCAGAGGAAGAGCUGCCAAUUGAAGCAACAACUGUGGAGACUGAGAAACCAGUUGAAAUAGCUGCUGCUGAAGCAGUUCCUGUUGAAUCGACAGAUGUUGAGAAGCCCUCCACUAGCAAUCAGCCAAUCGUCGAGGCAGAGCAGCCACAGCUAAGCAGUUCCAUUGUGGACGACGAGGAUCAGAACGACGAUGUCAUUUCCAUAGGCGGUGAUCUAGAGCACGAAAUGAUUGCAGAGUUGGCCGAGGUAACAGAUGAGCCACCAGUCAAAGUGAAGCCCGAGAAACUACCAGAUCCCGAGGAGGAGGACAACGAUGUGAUAUCGUUAAACACCAGCGAGGAUGAGCACGAAAAACUGCAGGAAACGAAUUCUGAGUCGUGGCGUACACGCUAUCUGAAGAGCUCGAAGGUUAACCAGGUGCUCGCGGCAUCGCGAUUGGGAAAACGUGUGCGUGAUAAAAUCAAGGAGUCGAAACGGAACGGCGAUGAAAAGUCAUCGAAGCAGUCACAGCAGCAGCAGUUUACCUCGAAGCACGAGGAUGGCUCCAUGGAGCAAUACCAAGAACUUUUACAGCACCGACAGCGCAAAAGUUCCAACAGCAGCAAGGGCGACAAGUAA